CUAAACAUUGCAGUUUCUAAACCCAAAACAGAAGGGUAAAAUCGUCAACACAUAAAUAUUUCCCUUAAACCCUAACCCCACAAACAUUGUUUUCUUUGUGUCCAAGCAAAUUUUCCCUUCUUCAUUUCCUCACUUUUCUCCUCAAAAACCACUUUCUCUCUUCAAUCCCAACUCGAAUCUCUGCUCAAUCCGUUUUCUUCGGCCAUGUUCUUCCACAGGGUGCUGUCCCGUUCCUCUGCAACCCUUUGUCGAAGCUUCAGCCUUUCUGUUUCACGAAAUUCCCAACCUUUCUCCAAUCACUUUCAUUCUCUCCUCCACCCAUCACCCAACAAGCUGAUUCCAGUUGAAGCUACUUUGCGGAAUCCACUGAAUUCAUCUUUGACUUCGAGAUUCGGAUUUUCUUCUUCGGCCUCAUCUGAACCUGCUAGUAAUGACCCUGUAAAGGCAUGUGAGGAAGAAAAGGUGACUGAUCAGUCUGAACAAGCCAAAGCUGCUGAUCAAACCGAAGAAUCAGAUGUAGAGAGUGAAUGUGAUCAAUCCAGGGAUGAUUUAAUAAAGCUUGUUGCUGAGAAGGAACAGCUUUUGAAGUUGAAACACAAGGAGAUUGCGCAAAUGCAGGACAAAGUUCUGCGAACUUAUGCGGAGAUGGAGAAUGUCAUGGCCAGAACAAAGCGUGAAGCAGAAAAUUCGAAAAAAUUUGCUAUACAGAAUUUUGCGAAGAGUCUACUAGAUGUUGCUGACAAUUUAGGAAGAGCUUCCUCUGUUGUAAAGGAGAGUUUUUCAAAAAUUGAAUCUCCUAAGGAGUCUUCGGAAGCAGCACAACUCCUGAAAACACUUCUUGAAGGUGUGGAAAUGACUGAGAAACAACUUGCAGAGGUACUGAAAAAGCAUGGUGUAGAAAAAUAUGAUCCUACAAAUGAGCCAUUUGAUCCACACAGGCACAAUGCCAUGUUUCAAAUCCCUGAUGCUACCAAGGCCCCUGGCACUGUUGGAAUUGUUCUAAAGGCUGGAUAUAUGCUCUAUGAUCGUGUUCUUCGUCCGGCAGAAGUUGGUGUAACUCAAGAAGUAGAUGAUAGCAAAGCAACUGAGUGAUGAUGGCAUGAAGGAAAGCCUGAGUAGUGAGUUCUUGUUGAAUACCAUUCAACGUCUUUUUGCAAUAUGCUUCUAUUAUUCGGACUCUUAUUUUUUAAUAAAAAAAAUACCAUGUACGACGAUCUUGAUUCCAUGAGAUUUUGAUAGUAUACAUGCUAUUUGCAUGUUCAAUAUAGUAACAUCUUUUGUAACCUCUGAGUACCCGCACUGAGUUCAGGAGUUUUAGUCCCUUUUUGCAAAUCAUAAUUUUACAAGGGGACUUUUGUGCCUGAUGGUUAA